GAGGCGGUCCUCAUCGAGUUCGAGCGGCUCGGCCUCGUCCCAGCGUGCACCGCCAUCGUCGCCGCCAACGAGGGCACCGCCGUCGGCUCGCGCGACUGCCGCGGCGGCCAGAACCGGCUGGACGACUUCUUCCCGUUCGACCCGCUGCUCCUCAAGGUCUCCUCCGGCUACGUGCAGCCGCUCUACCAGGUGUGGACCCCGUCGCCGGCGCGCUGCCACGCGGAGCGCGAGAGCGAGAAGUCCGCCCUCUCCGAGUCCCUCGCCUCGGACGCCUCCGAGGUGGUUGGCCGCUCGCUGCAAGGCAUGUCCCUCACGCCCGCCGGACACACGCCCAUCGACGACAUGGAGGCGCUCAUGCAGAGGCGAUUCGCCGAGCAGGGCCAGCUUCUGCUACAUCUCGAGAGGGUCGAGCACGGACGGCAGCGGAAAAACCGCGAGAAGCAGUGUGCAAUCUUUACCGUGCAGGCCUUGGGUUUGAUUAGCCAAAAACUCCCAUACCGGUAA